CAUAAACCAACGCUAAACCUACAUAUGCAGUAUUGAGACCGACCAGAAUAUACAGGUGGCACACGCGGGGUCCAAAGACUUGCCUUCGGUCUGACGUCCUGUUUCGCGGACUCCCACUUUGUCGUUCCCGUUGUCUCGUUUUUUUCUCCCCUCAUCUCCUUCCUGUCCCUUGGGUUGUUGACGAAUUUUGAUAUGACCAACGCCAUGAAUAAGGAGUCUCAUCUCGACAAUCUCCUGUCCGACACCGACGAUCCCGGCGGCUCAGAAGUAGACCUUGAACUGCACGAGUUGCAGAACAGGUCCCUACGAAGAAGAUCCGACCCAGCCCUUGUGCGGGUUUGCAAACCACUAAAUGUUGUCUUCCUUCUCCUUGCAAUCAGCAUUACCUCCUUUUGGGCCGGAACCUAUCUACCCUUCCGCAAAUCUACACUUGAUGGGAUAUGCGCAGCUCAUACAACCCAGUGGUCUCCUGUUUUGAGAGAUGUGGAUGUCAAGUACGGUAUUAAGCAAUUCAAUGGAUCGUUUCUGGAAGAGAAUAUAUACCGGCAAGUCGGUACACCAGAAGUCGACAAAGCUUGGGACGAUCUCGGUGUCAAUUUUGGAGCGGGUAUCAUAUCAUACGAGGAGGGUAUAAAAAGCGGUCUGGGCCGUCACUUUGUCAAGCGAGCAAAAAAGUACGGAGGCGGCUUCAUCGUCAACCUCGAAGGGCUUCACCACUUGCACUGUCUGAAUCUCAUUCGACAGUCACUAUAUUUCAACUAUGAGCAUUACCGAGAUCUCAAACAGCACGCUUUCAAGAACGAGGGCGAAAUCCUCCGCAAGCACGUCACGCAUUGCCUGGAUGCCGUCCGCCAGGUGCUCAUGUGCAACGUCGACACUGGGGUGUUGGGUCAAGUUUGGACCGUGGACAGUGACGGCAAGGAAUUACAAGCAUUCCCAGACUUCAACUCGAAACAUAUGUGCAAGAACUUCGACGACAUCAAAGAAUGGUCCAGAAAGAUUUUGGCACCUUCUACGGACGAUCUCCCGAACGACUAUCUAGAGCCUCCAGCCGAUGGCGAUGUAGUGGGGCCAAUACCCUGACCGGUUGUGGGAUUUUAAUCAUCAUAUAAUUAUACACUAUUAUAUCCGUCUGUCCGGGAGUGGUGUUGUAAAUAUAAUGGUCAG